UCCUGGCCACCAAAUACUGAUAAUACAACUAUAAAAACCCAUUAAUAGAUGAGAGAGAGAGAGAGACAGAGAGAGAUCAGAUAUGAGUAGCAGAGAGAGGAGAUGGUCUCUUCAGGGAUUGACUGCUCUUGUUACUGGUGGAACGAAAGGGAUUGGGCAUGCUAUAGUGGAAGAAUUGGCAGGGUUUGGUGCAACUAUUCAUACUUGUGCUCGGAAUGAAGUUGACCUCAAUGACUGCUUGAGUCAAUGGGAGAAGAAAGGUUUCAAGGUCACUGGUUCAGUGUGUGAUGUGGUGUCAAAAUCCCAAAGAGAGGAGCUUAUAAACAAGCUUUCAUCCCUGUUUGAUGGGAAACUUAACAUCCUUAUAAACAAUGUGGGAACAAACAUAACAAAACCAACGACGGAGUUCACAGCUGAAGAUUACACAUUUCUUAUGAGUACCAAUCUUGAAUCUGCUUAUCACAUGUGCCAACUUGCACAUCCUCUGCUCAAAGCUUCAGGAGCCGGCAACAUUGUUUUUCUGUCUUCUGUUGCUGGUGUGGUUUCACUGGAAGUUGGAACUAUAUAUUCUGCCGCUAAAGGAGCAAUAAAUCAAUUAGCCAAAAACUUGGCAUGUGAGUGGGCAAAAGAUAACAUAAGAACUAACAGUGUUGCGCCUUGGUUCAUCACAACUCCCCUCGCUGACCAUUUUCUUGGCAACGAAAAAUCUUUGAAGAUCAUCAAGUCUCGAACCCCGUUAGGACGCCCAGGAGAGCCAGAAGAGGUGUCUUCCUUGGUAGCAUUUCUGUGCCUACCGGCGGCCUCUUACAUAACUGGCCAAACUAUUUCCAUCGAUGGUGGGGUGACUGUCAAUGGCCUCCUCUUCCAAGGAACAUGACUUGGAAAAGGUUCUGUGCAUGCAUAUAUAUAUAUAUAUAUAUACAUCUACUAGUAGGAAUAGGAUAGAUAUCUGAGGUCAUAUAAAAACCAACUGAUUCAUCUAAUAAAGUGAGUGUGCAUGCUGUAAUUUUAUGUAAAAAUAAGGUGGCAUCAAUGUUUUAAUAAACGACUAAAUGGUAAGAUUAAUGAUCAUUUGCUGUAAUGGUAUGGUACCUAAUUUUUAAUUUUCGUACGUUUUUGUACAAUUAUUGUACCAUCAUCAACAUUGGCCAGGCCAGCAUAACUCGUUCAUCUAAUAAAA